AUAACAGCAAAAGCAUCUAUCAUUUUUGUUACUCUUCAGUAUAAUGUUACCGUCUCUGCAACAGAAGAACAAGCUACAGAGUCAACGACCCAUUAUUACUAUGGUAUCAAAGACUUGGCUACAGUUUUCUUCUACAUGCUAGUGGCAGUAAUCAUUCAUGCCAUAAUUCAGGAGUAUGUGUUGGAUAAAAUUAACAGGCGAAUGCACUUCUCCAAAACGAAACACAGCAAGUUUAAUGAAUCUGGUCAGCUUAGUGCCUUCUACCUUUUUUCUUGUAUUUGGGGCACAUUCAUUCUGAUCUCUGAAAACUACAUCACAGACCCAACUAUCUUGUGGAGGGCAUAUCCCCAUAACCGGAUGACAUUUCAAAUGAAGUUUUUCUACAUAUCACAGUUGGCGUACUGGUUCCAUGCUUUUCCCGAACUCUACUUCCAGAAAACCAAAAAAGAAGAUAUUCCCCGCCAGCUUGUCUACAUUGGCCUGUACCUCUUUCACAUUGCUGGAGCUUAUCUUUUGAACUUGAAUCAUCUAGGCCUUGUUCUCUUGGUGCUGCAUUAUUUUGUUGAAUUUCUUUUCCACAUUUCUCGCCUGUUUUAUUUUAGUGAUGAAAAGUAUCAGAAAGGGUUUUCUCUUUGGGCAGUUCUGUUUGUUUUGGGAAGACUUCUGACUUUGAUCCUUUCGGUACUCACUGUUGGCUUUGGCCUUGCAAGAGCAGAGAACCAGAAGUUUGACUUCAGUUCUGGAAACUUCAACGUAUUGGCUGUUAGAAUUGCAGUCCUGGCCUCCAUUUGCGUUACUCAAGCAUUCAUGAUGUGGAAGUUCAUUAAUUUCCAGCUUAGGAGGUGGAGGGAACAUUCCACGUCACAGGCACCAACUGUGAAGAAGAAACCAGCAGUGACGAAAGGCAGGUCCUCUAGAAAAGGAACAGAAAAUGGUGUCAACGGAACAGUAACUUCAAAUGGAGCAGACUCUCCCCGUAAUAGAAAAGAUAAAUCUUCAUAAUGAGUUGCAAUCCAGUUGAUUAACAUCCCCAAAGAAAUCUGCUUUUUGCUAUUCUUUCAGCUCUAGAAACUUUUCUGUUCUUGAAAAUACAGUUUGUGCUCUCCGAUUCUUGCCGUUGUACUUUUUCAUGCAUUCUUCAAAGGGCAUUUGAAGGGAGGGUGAUGGCAAUGAAUGCACAUAAGAUGUUUUAGCUUAGGGUAAGCUACCCGCCUCCAGAAUAGCUUAGGGACCACUUCUCUGUCUUCUUUUUUGAAAUCUUUGAACAUUUUCCUGAUGAUUUGGAGAGAUAACUAUUUACAAGAAUUCCACAUCAGUGAUGUAAUUUCUUGCUCUCAUCAAUUUUUUAUAUUAGCAAGGUGGCCUGUUCCAGCUAGGUCAUGUUUUUUAAGUUUUCUUUCAGGGUGAAAUGGAACUUUAAUGUUGGAAGUCAGGCUUUAGUAUGUUUUCAAUGUUCUCUAAUUUUUAGAAAUUUUUGUAGCAUUUGCACCUGGAGAAAAAAGUUUUGUAAAAUCACCAAAAUAAUUAUGUGCUUUAUUUUAUAGGUAGUGGUUGUUAGUGUUAUGGCCCCAACCUUUUUCCUUUGUUCUAACAGAAGGUAUAUACUAAUGGUUACAACACGUGGACAUGUGGUGCCGUCUAUACUGACUCAAGCUAUAGUAACAUAAAAGUACUCCCGAGGAAGUCAAAUUUUUCCUGUAUAUUUUAAACACUUAUAAACUGGAAAUCAGAAAAUCAUUUACUGUCAAUAGGGAAUUCCGACUUAAACAUAGCCCUUUUGGUCAUGUAUAUUAAUAAAGAUCCUUAGUGGGGCUUGGCAUAAAUUCGAUAUGCACAACAUCUUAGAAAAAUGUUGUUUAACCUGCAAAACCAUUUUGAUAUUAAUGCCUACUUGAUUUACAGCUACAAAAAGAAUGUCAAGGAAUUAUAUGUAGAAAAUAUUUAAUGUACUAACCUUAAAGAAAUUUAAAAUUCAGGUGGAAAAAAUAUAUGAAAGACAGUGCUUUAUGUUAUAACUAUAGCUUUGGUCCCAUCUUUAAUUGAAGAACAUUUAUCUAUAUAAAAACAUAUUUUUGGAUAAGUAUAUAUAUAUAUAUAUUUGUAUCUCUACUACAGAAAGGCUCUAAAAAGCAUUUGAGUAAAAUGUUUGGUUCCCUUUUCUGUCAUUACCCUUUCAAGUCCUUGCAGCUAGAUCUAGUUUCUCCUUUGUCUUACAGUACACAUAGUGCGCCGCCGUUUAGUGCUCGCCCGUUGUUCCCCUUCUCGCUUGGUCACCAGCCACGUCGUGUGCCCUGGCAGACCUGGUGUCAGGCCUGCAGGCUCAGUUGCCAGGCUGCAGGAUAGCUGUGCUUUCUCUUUCCAGCCAUUCAUUUUCUGGAAAAAGUAGUUGCUCUCUGGUAGCAUUACAGAAUUUCCGUGGAACCAAAUUUUUGCUGCCAUUAAAAAGUGGUAUGUUGAACGUAUUAUACAUUGAGAAAUCAGUCGAAAUAAAAAUUUUUACUUUCA